ACCCUCCUUCCCCUUCCCCUUUCCUUCCCCUGCCUCCGCUGGCGCCGGCAGCCUCCGCCACUCCGCCGCGAUCCGACUCAACUCCUCCUCUCCCAGUCCCCUCCGCGCUGUCUCCUCUCAUGUCCUCAGUGACGAGCAGCGCGUCACCUCCCCUUCCAACCACGACAAGGCACUGGUAACCCGUCGGGAGGCGCUGGAUCUGUACGAGGACAUGGCGCUGGGGAGGUCGUUCGAGGACAUGUGCGCCCAGAUGUAUUACCGGGGCAAGAUGUUCGGCUUCGUUCACCUCUACAACGGCCAAGAAGCGGUCUCCACUGGCUUCAUCCGCCUCCUCCAGCCCGGCGAUGCCGUCGUCAGCACCUACCGGGACCACGUCCACGCCCUCAGCAAGGGCGUCCCGGCCCGCGCCGUCAUGGCCGAGCUCUUCGGCAAGACCACUGGCUGCUGCCGCGGCCAGGGCGGUUCCAUGCACAUGUUCUCCGCCCCCCACAAUUUCCUCGGUGGUUUCGCCUUCAUCGGCGAGGGCAUCCCCGUCGCCACCGGUGCCGCCUUCUCCUCGCGGUACCGCCACGAAGUCCUCAAGGAGGCAUCCCCCAGCGGCGGCCUCGACGUCACCCUCGCAUUCUUCGGGGACGGCACCUGCAACAACGGGCAGUUCUUUGAGUGCCUGAACAUGGCUCAGCUCUGGAAGCUGCCCAUUGUGUUUGUAGUCGAGAAUAACUUGUGGGCGAUUGGAAUGUCGCACCUUAGAGCCACGUCCGACCCCGUCAUCUGGAAGAAGGGGCCUGCAUUUGGGAUGCCCGGGGUGCCCGUGGAUGGAAUGGAUGUGCUGAAGGUGAGGGAGGUGGCUAAGGAGGCGAUUGAGAGGGCAAGGAGCGGAGAGGGGCCUACUCUUGUGGAGUGUGAGACCUAUCGGUUCCGAGGGCACUCACUCGCGGACCCUGAUGAGCUUCGAAAGCCUGGUGAGGAUGUUGACUUUAAACUAUGCGCCACUUUACCUUGUUGCAUUGCUUUCGGUUUGAUGUGCAAGUUUUUUGGAUUCUUUAUUUCCUACAUAAUGUUGAAGCAUUCGAGUCUAAAGGGGAUUAUUAGAAAAAGCAAAAGAUCUGGAUGUUGUAGAUAAGAAUAAUGAAGGUCUAUGAUAAACAUUCUUGACUAUGUGAUAGAAUUAGGCAUAAUUUGGGAAAAGAAUAUGAUUCGGGCAUGAACAUAUUAUAUGCCUCUUUUCCUAUUCAUAAAUUAGCCGUUUGAAUUAUGAAAAUUAAUUGUUCAAGUAAUUAAUAUGCUCAUAAA